ACGCAAAACAAAUGCAAUUAAUACCACUCAAAGUCCUACAGUUGUCUUUCACGAAGCAAUAAUGAGCACUCAUUGUCGACCUUGCUCAGGCUUAUCCGCGGAGACUUUGAUUGGGCUUGCAGAACAGGAAUUCUCAGGUCAUGAGUUUCCUGCUUCGGCGCACUAUCAACACCACAACUCGUUUCAUGAUCUAGAACAGGCAGCAAACGGUGGUUGCAAUUUGUGCUCGCUCAUAGUUGACUGCUUCAAAGGAAUCCCAUGGAUAAGAGGCGAGAGCUAUCAGUUCUCUUCUUGUCUAUGGGAAACCCCAGGAAUAGAAAUUGAGGGUUCAGCUUAUGAUGCGGCAAAGCAGCUUGCUUUGUUUGAUGUGAAGUUGAGUAUUGGUACGGAUCAUGUCUACCUAGGAGAUGGUUUAGACAAAGUUCGGUCUUUCAAUACUCUCUUGGUCCAAAUCGGUCCGACAGAGCUACCGGAAGAGAGCGAUGAUUAUGCAUUUCCCUUUCUCACUCUCUCAUUAAACGGUCGAGACUGUUUUGCGGAAAUCGGAGGCAUCAAAAUUGGACGCCGCAAGAUCCAUCCGGACUUGGGCUCUCCCAAUCAGUUCAAAAUAGCCAGACGCUGGCUUCAGGAAUGUCGAACACACGAAGCAUGUCUGAUGAACAAGGUCCCAGAGCUCCCUACUCGCGUGGUAGACAUUGGGCUGCCAGAUGAUAAAUCUGUACCGCGGGUAUUCAUUUCUCAGGGCGCCAAAGCAGAUUAUAUUGCACUAAGUCAUUGCUGGGGUGGCAGAAUAGCGUCUGUUCUCACUUCAAAGGCAUAUCAUGACUACCAAAAGGCUUUACCAUUCUCCGAAAUAUCGGUAAAUUUUAAAGAUACUUUUCGUAUUGCGAGAGAGCUCGGAAUUCAAUAUGUAUGGAUCGACUCAUUAUGUAUUAUUCAGGACUCGAAAGAGGAUUGGGAAAUCGAAUCUAGCAGGAUGGGAGCUGUAUAUCGCAACGCCACACUGACCGUCUCAGCACUUGUUUCAGCGAAGAGCACGGUAGGGAUCUUGAAAACUAACGAAAGUCGUUUUCUGGGAGCCCCGAAGAGCGCAAAACUCAGGGUUUAUGAAAACAGCUCGAAAGAUGAGGAGGUCGAAGUGGAAUGGAAAUCACGAGAUGAAGAAAAUUUGCGACGUCUCAUGAACGAGUGUGCACUUACUUCACGAGGAUGGACUUUACAAGAGUACAUUUUGUCUCCUCGAAAUCUUCUCUACGGCGACAGGCAAAUAUACUGGCGGUGUCCAAGUAUGAUGAUAUCAGCCGAUGCUACGCCAGAAGGCAAUCAGUUUCCGGAUCAUAAAUUUCAGAAAGCUUCACAAGUUAUUUACUCCGACAUAUUGGCCGUGGCCCCCGAGACUGAAUCAGAUAUAAAAGCCGUUCUUGAGGAUUAUUACGAAUUAGCAGAGACGUAUUCUGCGCGCCAAUUGACUUAUGGGUCGGAUAAACAUGCUGCAUUCUCUGGUAUUGCUCAAAUGAUACAUCCAUCCAUUGGUGGACAAUACCUUGCGGGCCUUUGGACAGUUGACUUCAAGCAUGGACUGCUGUGGUAUGCAGAAAUGGCCUCUUGCCGUCAUGUUGAAUCUCAUGGAGCUCCGUCCUGGUCGUGGAUGGUAACGGAUGCCUCAGUUUUGUUUUCGAGAAUUGGAAUUCUCGAGUCUACUCCAUUUGAUGUGAAAAUACUCCAAUACAAUGGCAUCUCUCAAGAUGCGGUAAAACAGUUUGGUCAGACUGAAUCAGCGUCUGUGGUCGUGGCAGGACUCACAAUGCCAUUGAUCCGGAGCAAACAGCACGUUCGAGCAAGAGAUCGUGAUGACUUGGUGCUCGGUAGCGUAUACUACGACGAGCCAUCAUCAGCUGACGAUGGUGACAUGAGAAACUCUAUUUUCACGGUAGACGAUCAAGUUUUGGGACAGGCUUUGAUUUCGCUGCAUACUGAUCCUGGGGCUCAUGACAUUGACAUCAUUUCAAAUCUUUUCCUGGAAGAUAACCUCUUGGUAUUGUUGGUUCAGGCAGACGAAAAUGUCGAUAAUGAGAUGGAAUCUAGCUUUGGUGAGGGAAUCGUUUUGCGACCGGUCAAGCAUGGCUUGGAAGAUGUUUAUGAAAGGAUGGGGUAUGUUACCUUCUGGAUGCCGAGCAUGGAUUACUUUCGAGGGUGGGGGUCAAGAUCCUUGAAAAUGAUAUAAGCUCUUUCAGCCAAAGCUACUGCCUUUAAUGGAAGGCAGAGAACACAAGGGCAUGCCCCUGUCUCAUCGGCAUUCAAAUACAGUCAGCUCAGCGGCCAUUUUAAGCUUGUUAUUCUCUACCGUCUUGGCGAACAAAUUAUUAGCAUCGACACUCGUGUAUGC